AUGAGGAGCGGAGCGACAAACAGUGCGAUAAAUAGGUUCGAUCGCGCUGAAGGUGCACUAUCCAGCUGUUUGAAGCGCCGGAGGCGCGGAAAACAGGCUGGUAAUAAGAUAUAUGGGCUCGUGUUUGAAUUGUUGAAACUAACUGUGACGUUUGAAAUACAAGAAACAUUUCAUUUCAAAAUGAAUGUGCGCGGACUGACAAUACAAACGGCUCAUCGGAAGGAGAUCAUGAAGGUUCUGCCAUUUUUGGAUUCGGAAUUUUUGAAAGAGUUGUACAUUUUCACUACCCCUGAUGAUAAGAACAAAGUUCUAGAAAUGGAUGAAAUUCUGAAAUUGGAUCAUUUGAAUAACUUAGAAAGUUUUGAAAUCAGUGGAUGUAUUGUUCCGGAUAACUGUGUCAUUAAAUUAGCUCAUGUACCGUAUAACGAUAUUCGAGUGGACUCAAUUAAUUCAAAGGAUAUGUUAUUUUUGAAAGAUGAAAAUUUCCGCCAGAGAUCAAAUAAUUCUUCUUUUUUCUUGUUUGCACAUUUCCGCUGCUCUUUUCUUUAUUUUUCUAUUAUUUACAUAAUUUUUCUCUUCCGCACAAAUCACAAAAAAAUCAUAGAACAUUUACAAGUACAAAAAGAGAUUUUUGAAAUUUUGGAAAUCCAAAAUUUUCAUUUUACAAUGAAUUCUCCAAGAAAUUCUAGUAUUUCUGAUAUGCCUGAAUUGAUUUUAUGCAAAAUUUUUGGAUUUUUGGAUUUCAGAGAAAUCCAAACCAUUCGAAAAGUCUCCAAAAGCCUUCGAAACUUUAUUGAUGACGUCAGACCGGAUUCGAAAAUUCUGGAAAUUUCCAUAGAAGAAAAUUCUGAAAACGAAAAUCUGGAAAUCAAAUAUAAAACCAAAUUUCAGACAUUUUUAGUGAAAUAUGAAAUUUCGGAAAAUCUGAAAAGAGCAAUUUCAGAUUUAAAUUUGAUUAUGAAAAAUCAAAAAUCAGUUUUGGAAACUUUUAUUCUUAAAAAUCUUUCGAAUUUUAGAUGUUCAGAAAUUCUGAAAACACAUAAAAUAUUGACAAUUGAAGAACUAGUUAUGGAAACUGAAAAUCAAGAGGAAAUUUUAGAAAUUUUAACAUUUUACAAAAUUUCAAAACUCCACAUUUUUAGCCUAGAAGAAUUUCCAAAAAAUUUGAAAAUUGAAAAUUUGGUGGAAUUGGAAAACUGGAAAAACCUAGAAGAGAUUUCAAUUGAAGGAUGUCAAAUUUCAAAAAAGUAUUUGGAACAUUUUUUGAAUUUUUCAAAAUUUUCUAUUGAUUUGGAGGACGUUGAAGCGGAAGAUCUCAUUUAUUUGAAAGAGAAUCUUCUCGAAUCAUCAAAAUUCCAAAAAUUCACGUUGUUCUACACCAAAUUACUCAACAUUCAGCAACUCUACGACACAUUUGGACCCCCAGAUCUUGAUCCUAAUUUUUAUGGUUUGAAUCUUCUCGAGUCUUCAAAAUUCUAUAAAUUCACAUUGUUCUACACCAAACUUCUCGACAUUCAGCAACUCUACGACACAUUUGGACCCCCAGAUCUUGAUCCUAAUUUUUAUGUUUUUGUAAAACACUGGAAAUUUCCUUUUCCAGAAGAUUCAGAUUUUCUGAAAAAAAAGAGUAUUAUGGAAUUUGAGAUGCCGAAAAUAAUGUUCAAUCGAUGUUCUGAACAAAGUGAAUUUCCAGUUUUAAAGAAAUUCAGGAAUUCAGAAAUUCGAAAAAACAAAAAAUUAAAAAAUCAAAAAAUAAGAAAUUCAGAAAUUCAGAAAUUCAGAAAUUCAGAAAUUCAGAAAUUCAGAAAUUCAGAAAUUCAGAAAUUCGGAAAUUCAGAAAUUCAGAAAUUCAGAAAUUCAGAAAUUCAGAAAUUCAGAAAUUCAGAAGUUCAGAAAUUCAGAAAUUCAGAAAUUCAGAAAUUCAGAAAUUCAGAAAUUCAGAAAUUCAGAAAUUCAGAAAUUCAGAAAUUCAGAAAUUCAGAAAUUCGGAAAUUCAGAAAUUCAGAAAUUCAGAAAUAUUCAGAAAAAUUUAUUGAACAUUUUACUGGCGGCGUUCUUGGUACACAUCAUCUUGAUAUGUUUCCCUCUUUUCAUGUACUUCUUGGCCAGUUUUAUCACUAUAAACUACCCAAUUGUAGCGGAAAUACUUUUUCUUAUGGUCCAGGAGCACGGCGCUUGCUCAGCCGUGACACUUUUGUUAACAUCUAUUAUUGA